UUUCAUGUUAACAGAUAUUAUAAAAAAAAUUAUUGAUAACGAAGUGAGCUGGUAAAUUUAAACAAAGUAACAAAAUAAGCUGAACCAGGCAAUUAUGGCUUCCCCAGAAAAAAUAAAGCAAUUAGAUGAUGCUGUCCGAAAUACCAACUAUGAGAGAAUGUUGGAAGUUCUUGAACAUACUGAUUUAUCUCAAAUAAAUCAAUCUGGUACAGAUGCAUCAAUUGCUUUAAUAACCCUUAUUCGCCAUGGAAAACACAUGUCAUCGGAAUUUUACAAAUGUGUGCAAUUGCUAAUCGACAAGAAUAUAAAUAUCAACUUGAAGGACAAAGAUAACAGGAGAACAGCAUUAUCAUGGGCCGCAGAAAUUUACAUAAACGAACAAAUGCGUAAAGUUAGACUAUUGAAAGAACUGACAGAUGAGAAUGAGAUUACUGUAAAUGAGUUGGCUGUCACAAAUCAUAAAUUAAAACAAUUGAGAAUGACAAUAGAACUGUUUGAAAAAGAAUUAGGGAUUGUUCAUCCAAAGUCUAGUUCACGAUUUUCCAACCGUUCUAACCUGUGUGAACGGUUGCAAAAAUGUCAAGAAGAAGGAAAUAGAAAUUAUAUAUCAGGUAUAAAUAAAUCAGAUACCAUAGAUGUAGAUGGUACUAAAUAUAACGCAUUAGAGUUAUGUUUUAAAAAUAAGUGGCUUAUACCAGCAGCUUAUAUUUUUGACAAGUAUGAUGCUGAUAGCAAAAUAACUGUCUGGAGAGAAAAUGAAAAGGAAAAUCAGGAUAAAAUACUUGAACUAAUUUUACGAGAGGAUGAAGGGAUUCCGCAGUUAUUAUGCACUAUUCUGAAAAAGUUCCAACAAAAAAGUAAUCACUAUCCGGCAUGUUAUAGGAAGAUAAUGGAUGUUAUCAAGAAUAAAAAUCUGAAUGAUCUAUAUUCAAAUCUGAAUGGAAAAGACUUUCUAUUUAGAACCCCCCUGCAUUACGCUAUUAGAUAUGCUGAUGAUCUGACUGUCGUAGAACUAUUGAGCUAUGGUGCAUCAUUAGGCUCGACGAAUAUAUCAGCUCCUGUACAAAGAAAUAAUUGUUAUAAAUACUGGAGAAUGUUUUGGAGAACGAUUUACGGUUGGUGUAAAUGUUGCAAAUGUAAAAACACAAAACAAAAUAUGCAGAAAGACGAUAUUUCACUAAAGUUAUUGAACUCUGAGCAAGACGACAGCUCAGAAGAAAAUGUGAUGAUAUAGACGACAAAACAUGAUAAAUGAGUAAACAAAUGUACGAAAAACAGUUGUAUACAAGGUGACCUAUUUUUAUAAAAAAGUUCCAUAUCUAUUUAAUUCAAAUAUAUUGUUAUA